AUGUCCGAGUCAGCAAGCGCAAAUGCCCCGAAGCCGAGCAGCAGUGUCAAGCUUGUGCUGCUAGGAGAGGCCGCAGUGGGCAAGUCAUCGCUUGUCCUCCGCUUCGUGAAUAAUGAUUUCCAGGAGAACAAGGAACCAACCAUUGGCGCCGCAUUUCUGACACAAAAAUGCUCCCUUCCCACGCGCACGAUCAAGUUCGAGAUAUGGGAUACCGCCGGCCAGGAGCGCUUCGCAUCGCUCGCCCCGAUGUACUACCGCAAUGCACAAGCGGCGCUUGUUGUCUACGACGUUACAAAACCCUCUUCGCUGACGAAAGCCAAGCACUGGGUCGCUGAGCUGCAGCGUCAAGCGAGCCCUGGAAUUGUCAUUGCCCUCGUCGGUAACAAGCUGGACUUGACCAAUGACGGCGGAGAUGUUUCCGAGGCUGCUGUCGCUGCACAGAACGAGUCUGAGUCGGCCCGGGAUGGCGAUGAAGGUGCCAAUGAGGAAGAUGAUGUGCAGGAUGCCGUGUCUGGCGAUGCCCGCAAGGUCUCUACACGGGAGGCUACCGGCUAUGCGGAGGAGGAGGGCCUUUUGUUCUUCGAGACUAGCGCCAAAACCGGAACCAACGUUGUGGAUGUCUUCACAGCAAUUGCCAAUGCCAUUCCCGAGAGCAGCCUGAAGACCGGUCGCGGUACCGGUGCGGGAACUGGUCAGACUUCGUUGGCUCGGUCAGCAGAGGACUCACGAGUCAACUUGGGUGAUCGAAACGCUGCCACGGCCAAGGAGGGUUGCGCUUGCUGA